CUUCUCAUGAGCAGCCCAUUUCAGCAGGAAGUUUCGAGAGCUCCCGUAUCAUCUACGAAGGUUGCAACAUUGUCCAACAGGUCCCACAAAUCAUUCUUUUGUAAAGUACCAAAAAAACUUCUCCACAACUUUUUAAGGAAGAAGAUCUGCGCCUAGGAAUGACAAUAAGCAGCCAUGUCGCGCCACCACCACCAGGACGCGAAUGCUACUGCCGAAAUGCACGUGGCGGGGGUGACAUCAGCUCUCUCCGCGCUGCGAGAGCUGAUUGCAUGGCCCCUCCUUUACUGGGAAGAGGGCCUCUCCCUGGGGGUGCAAUGGCCCCGCGGGGUACUGCUGCACGGCCCCCCUGGAGUGGGGAAAACUCUUCUGGUCAAUGCUGUAGCUAAGGAGUGUGGGGCUAGCAUCCAUCCUCUGAGCGCUGCUUCGGUGUUUGGCGCGUUCGCAGGCGAGAGCGAGGAAAGGAUGAGAAAGACAUUUGCAGAUGCAGAGAGGGAGGCACGAGCUGGCUGUCCGGCUAUUGUGUUUAUUGAUGAGAUCGACGCGCUCUGCCCUCGGAGAGACGCACGGCGCCAGCAGGAGGCGCGCGUGGUGGCCCAGCUGCUGACUCUCAUGGACGGUAUCACUGGGAAAUCGAGCACGAGGCGGAAAGCGAGGGUGCUGGUAGUGGCGGCGACCAACAGGCCCAACGCCCUAGACCCCGCGCUGCGCCGCCCCGGCCGCUUCGACCGUGAGGUCGCCGUCACAGUCCCCAACACUUCAGAGCGCCUCGCCAUCCUGAAACUCCACUCCCGAAGCCUGCCUCUGGCUGAUGACGUCAGCUUGGCGGAGAUCGCCGCGGCGUGUAACGGCUACACAGGAGCGGACCUCGCAGCACUGGCCCGGGAGGCGGCAAUGCUGGCAAUGGCGCGGGAGAGCCGAGAAGAGGGGGCGGGGGCGGAGCGACCCGAGGGGAGUCGAGCAGGGGUGGGUAACGAUCUGACGGAAAGUGGAGAAAGCCCGAGUACUGGAGUUCAAAGCUCGCGGAAUGGUUCAGUGAGGGGCCACAAAGCGGAAGGAAGCGUGGACGAUCCGUCAGGACCAGAUAGGGGACGAGAAGCUCUUGAAGAUCGGAAGAGUUCGGGAAGUCGAUGCGAGACGUCGGGGGAGAGCCGAAAUUCAGCGGGGAACGGCGGAGGCCCUGUUGAAGGCACGGUUGGACGGUCGAGGGGCGUGUGCAUGGGUGACUGGCGGGCGGCGAUGCUGAGAGUGGGGCCCUCCGUGGUGCGGGGGUCGGCGGCGGAGGUGCCAGCGGUGUCGUGGGACGACAUCGGAGGGCUGCAUGACGUCAAGCGGCGACUUCAACAAGCGGUGGAGUGGCCCAUCCAGCACGCAGACUCGUUUCGACGCCUCGGCCUGUCCCCGCCCCGGGGAGUGCUCUUACACGGGCCACCGGGGUGCUGCAAAACAACUCUGGCAAGGGCUGCCGCACAUGCGGCAAAGUGCACGCUCUUCUCCUUAAGUGGCGCCGAGCUCUUUUCCAUGUACGUCGGCGAAGGAGAGGCGUUACUGCGAGAAACGUUCCGGCGCGCGCGGCUGGCGGCCCCGGCCAUUGUCUUCUUCGACGAGGCCGACGCGGUCGCGACUCGCAGGGCGGCGGGAGGCGGAGGCGGCGUGUCAGUCCAGGAGCGGUUGUUAAGCUCCCUGCUCACUGAAAUGGACGGCCUAGAAUUGGCGCAGGGAAUCCUGGUUAUGGCAGCGACCAACCGGCCGCACGCCCUGGAUGCGGCGUUGGUGCGGCCGGGCCGGUUCGACCUGGUUCUGUACGUGCCCCCCCCGGAUGAAGAGGGCCGCCUGGAAGCACUGCGCGUGCACACGCGCAAGAUGGCCCUGGCUGCUGACGUGGACCUCCCCGCGCUCGCGGCGGACACGGAGCUAUUCACCGGGGCGGAGCUGGCGGGACUCUGCAGGGAGGCAGCGCUGACGGCGUUGCGAGAGGACCUUUCCGCCACCGCAGUUGCGCACAAACACUUUCUCUCGUCGAGGCAGAACACGCGCCCCGCUCUUACGCCCCUCAGCCUCGCUAGCUACGCUUCCUUCGACGCCAAAUUGAACUCUCGCUCGAGGACGUGAAUCAAUCUUUUGUAAGUCUGUUUGUAUGAUUGUCUGGCGCGUCUUCGACAAUGAUCAUUGAGGACCAGAUGGGUCCCGGGGUCCAGCUUGAUCGUUGCCUCCCUGUAUUGGCAUGACGAUUUCGCGGUAAGGCU